UUCAUCAAGACGCGACUUUUGACUGUGCACCUUCACACUCUCCACUCCUUCUCACCACCGACCACUCGUCAGACCACAGCUCCGUCGCGCUCCCCGCCGUUGCAGCCAUGGUCGACACGUCGUCCGGACGCCCUCUUCUGGCGGCCUACCACUCUCCUCCAGACUCGCCACCCCGGCCCGCUCAUCCUCACCCGCCUUCCUUCCGCAGGCGCACACGCUGGGUUCGACCGCUCAUCAUCCUCGCUAUUCCCCCUCUCCUCCUCUUCCUCUACACCCUCGCACACCCCCUCAUACCCUCCCUCCCAGCCCCUCCGAGGAUCAGGAUUGAGACAGGCGAGCCCAUCGACGCGUCCUCCGCUCUCACAGACAUUGAGACUGAACCACCUGCGCCCGUAGUGGCCUCGGCUGACGCUUGCGUCUGCGGUGUCACGCCUCGCGGCAAGGCGCUGUGUGAUGUCUAUCAGAAGGCUGGCUUACGCGCGUCCCGCAUCGCCCACAGUACUGGCGCACGGCUCCGUCGCGUACUCGGAAAGGCUCGCGAUGGCAACGACAUCAAGGCUGGCGUGCUUGGCGGAAGCGUGUCGGCUUGUCGUGGUGUCCACCCAUCGCCCGAGCAUCCGGAGGGCGACCCUGCAGGUCCCGGAUGCUACACCACGGUCGUCCACGAGUAUCUCAAGGAGACGUUCCCCGACUCGAAUGUCCAGAUGAUCAACGGCGCUCUCGGCGGCAUGGACAGCUCGUACUACGCGUUUUGCGGGACACACCACAUUCCAACCGACCUGGACCUGAUCGUGCUCGAGUUCGAUGUCAAUGAUGAGCCUGAUCCGAUCUACCAGAAGUUCUUCGAUCAGCUCUUGCGCGUACUACUUGAGUUUGAGACGCAGCCGGCAAUCGUCAUCCUUGGGUCUUGGGCGCCCCAGAUCGCGCAGGACGUGGGGUAUGCCGACCCCCAGAUCGUGCAUCUCCCCAUCGCACUUUACUACGACAUCCCGUACCUCUCACUCAAGCGUGUGAUGUUCGACCACUACACGCGCUUCCCUCACUCUACGGCCAAGACCUUCUUCCUGAUCGACCAGCUGCACCCCAACGCGCGUGGACACCGCCUGCUCGCAGAUCUUCUGAUCGCAUACCUGGAGUCGGAGCUCUGUAUGCUCCACCACUUUGGGCUGCCGGCCGUUCCCUCUCUUGACGAGACAAUCGCCACGACCAACCCCGCAUCUUCACUCGUGGAAAACGGGUUCCCCCUCCAGAUUGACCGAGCUGUGGAUUGGUCAACCGUCCCCGACAACUGGGAGAUGACCUUUGACACGGAAAAGCUCGCAGCAAUCGGUGAGGAGCGCCGCCACUUUGCGCUCCCGCAGACGCCCUACAGCGUCCCGUUCUUCAACACGUUCCAGCCACUGAGCGAGGUGCUUGACCCGUCUGAGCCUGACCCCGAGCGUCCUGACCACAUCAUGAGCUUCCCUCAGCCCACGCUGUACUGCGCCGACGCCAACGACCCUGAACAUCCAAUGAACCCGGUUGAGCACGAAGGCUGGGAGGCCUGGGACUGGAAAGGCGAGAAGCACUACUGGAUCUCGUCCACUGUCGGGGCGCGCAUCCGCGUCAACAUCAAGGUGGCCGCUGGACGUGUGGCCAUCUACUACUUCCGCAGUAAAAACUACGACCUCGGCGACGCCAACUGCUGGGUUGACGACAAUGAGAGUGGUGCUGUCCGCCUCUCCGGGUAUUGGGAGCGGCCAUACAACCACGCGACGGUGCACUACAUUGACCGCAAUGUCACGACAGGCGACCACUAUGUAACCUGCGAGGUGGCCAAGGAGACGAGCCACAAGACCAACCCUGACGCCCACCACUUCCGCAUCGUCGCCGUUAUGGCGACAUAGACACUGUACUCCUACCACACAAUUCAAGACACUCACCCCGUGCUUGUUAGAAGACUAGAAUACAUGCAUGGUUGUAGCACUA